AUGGCCAAGGAGAAGAACUACAACCCCGUCCAAGAAGCCAAAAAGGCCGAGAAGCAGAAGCAGAUCCGCAAGCAAAAGGCCAACCUCCAGACCCAGCGCAACGAGAAACUCGCGCGCAGAAACCCACAUCGCAUACAGCGCGACAUUGACAACCUCAAAGAACUCGACCAGAGCGGCGCCAUACGGCCACAUGAGCGACAGCGGCUAGAGGAGCUGGAGAAGGAUCUCGCAGCAGUGAACAAGGCGCGCGCGGCGCUGGGGGACAAAGCACCAGUCUUCAAACCAGAGCGACAAUACAACAACAACAACAACAAUGAUAAUAGAGAGAGGGGCGCAGAGCAGAGAGACCGACGCGCCGGCGUCCUGGGCAAGAGAUCACGAGACGGCCAGCGCAAAGACACGGAUAGUAGUGACACCGACGACGACGUGAAGCGCAUACCCAUGCCACGCGACACACCACCGCCAAUACCAAAACGCUUCCUCCAGCCCGAACAAGACGACGCUUCUGCUGCUACCGCCGCCGCCGCUGCCCCCGAACCAAAGAAACCAACCAUUGUCUACGAAGCCGCGCCCCAAGUCCGCGAUCUGCGCAAGGAAGCAACCAAAUUCAUGCCCGCGUCCGUGGCGCAGAAGAUGAAAUUGGCAAAGGGCGAGGGACGCCUACUCGAGCCGGAAGAAUUUGACAAGCUGAGGGAGGAAGGUUAUAUGAAUGAGAAGAAGAAGAAAGAGGAGGAGGAGAACGAGUCGACGGCAGCAGGGAAAGAGCAAGCGGAGAAGAAGACGGCGGCGCAAACGGCCGACGAGGAAGAACUAGACGCCUUCUUGAGAGGCGUGCAGAAUGCAAGUGUGAAAGAUGCGGCAGAACAGGUGGCCGAGGCUGCGGUGCAAGAAGCCGAGUAUGAGAUGAUGGCUGCGGAGGCCCAAGGGCAGAUGGAGGGUAUAUCUGGGGAAGCGAGGACGGCGGAGAAUAAGCUUAACCAUGUGUCGAUGGAGGAGGUGGAAGACGAGGACUUGUAG